AUGUCUAUUUCUCAAAGCCUUCAUCAAAGUAUCACAGAAAAAUCUACAGCUAUAGCCCCAAAUAUUUUGAAGUCUGACGCUUUUAAUCCUAUGGAAGCAUGUUAUGAAGGUGGCUCUCCAAUGCCUGUUCCAGAACAGGUUGACUUGACAAAUCCAACAUGGGCUAAUGUCAUUCCUAAGGCACAAGGACUAUAUAAUCCUGAUUUUGAAAAGGAUGCUUGUGGUGUAGGGUUUGUCGCCAACAUCAAAGGGAAAGAAUCCCACAAAAUUGUUUCUGAUGCCAAGUAUUUAUUAUGUAAUAUGGCCCAUAGGGGUGCUGUUUCUGCAGAUGGUAAUGGUGAUGGUGCAGGUAUCUUGGUGGGUAUCCCACAUAAAUUUAUUGUUCGAGAGUUUAAAUUGGAUUGUAAUGUUGAUGUUCCACCAAAGGACCAAUAUGCAGUAGGUAAUAUUUUCUUUAAGAAAGAUUCGGCCGAUACUUUACUGAAUUCAAAGAGAACAUUUGAAGAUAUUGCACGUUCUUUGGGUUUAAAAGUUUUAUGCUGGAGAGAUGUUCCUCACGACUCUAGUAUUUUAGGUUCUGCCGCUCUGUCUAGAGAACCAGUCAUCCAACAACCUUUAGUGGUAUUUGCCAAGACUUUUGAUCAGGGUAACGUAUCGUCGGCAGAAUUUAAAAAAGAUUUUGAAACUGAAUUCAAGAUAAAGCUAUACAUUUUAAGAAAACAGGCCUCCACAACAGUUGGCAUACAGAAUUGGUUUUAUAUUUGUUCUUUAAGUAAUAAAACCAUAGUUUAUAAAGGUCAAUUGACCCCCUCUCAAGUUUACAAUUAUUAUUACGACCUAACCAAUGCUCAUUUUGAAUCGCAUAUGGCCUUGGUUCAUUCUAGGUUUUCCACCAAUACCUUCCCAUCUUGGGAUAGAGCACAGCCAUUACGUUUGUUGGCUCACAAUGGUGAAAUUAACACCUUAAGAGGUAAUAAGAAUUGGAUGCGUUCUAAAGAGGGUAUAAUGUCUUCAGAGACCAUAGGAGAAGAUUUGGAAAGACUAUUCCCCAUUGUGGAAGAAGGUGGUAGUGAUUCUGCUGCCUUGGAUAAUGUUUUAGAAUUAUUGAUUUUAAAUGGUGUUUUAAGUUUACCAGAAGCCAUCAUGUUAUUGGUGCCAGAAGCUUACCAUGACGACACAGACUCGAACUUGAAAGCCUGGUAUGAAUGGGCUGCUUGCCUAAUGGAACCUUGGGAUGGACCAGCUUCUUUAAACUUUACUGAUGGCAGGUACUGUGGUGCUAUGUUGGAUAGAAAUGGAUUACGUCCUUGUAGAUACUAUAUUACCUCUGACGAUAGAUUAAUUUGUGGUAGUGAAGUUGGUGUUAUUCAUGUCGAUAAUGCUUUGGUUUUGAAAAAGGGCAAGCUAGUUCCCGGUGAUAUUUUAUUAGUCGACACUGAGGUUGGUGAAAUUGUCGACACAAAAAAAUUAAAACGUACCAUUGCCACUAGAAAGGAUUUUAAAUCAUGGUUAUCCAAAGUCAUUAAACUGGAUGAUUUAUUGGUCAAAGUCGACAAAUUUUUGCCAUCUAAAUUUAUUUCAGAUCAUAACGGAGAAUCUUUAAAAGUACAACAAGACCCUCGUCUAUUGGCUAUGGGCUAUACUUUUGAACAAGUUUCUUUGUUAUUGGUCCCAAUGGCUUUGCAAGGCAAAGAAUCCUUGGGUUCUAUGGGGAACGACGCGCCAUUGGCUUGUUUAAAUACAGAUCCAGUCUUGGUCUUUGAUUACUUUAGGCAAUUAUUUGCCCAAGUCACAAAUCCUCCAAUUGACUCUAUUAGGGAAGCGAAUGUUAUGUCUUUGGAAUGCUAUGUUGGCCCACAGGGCAAUUUAUUGGAAAUGCAUCCAUCACAAUGUGAUAGGCUCUUAUUGAAGUCGCCUAUUUUGAAUUGGAAAGAUUUUGAAGCCCUAAAACAUAUCGAAAAAGUUUAUUCAUCAUGGUCGUACGCUACCAUUGACAUUACCUUUGACAAGGCUGAGGGUCUACUAGGUUAUACUGAUGCUAUUGAUCGUAUUACACAGGAAGCUUCUAGGGCCAUCGAAGAGGGUAAGAAAAUGUUGAUAAUUUCUGACAAAAAAUUGAGUGCAGACCGUGUUUCAGUUUCAUCUUUGAUCGCAGUUGGUGCUAUUCAUCAUCGUUUAGUCCAACAAAAACAGCGGUCCCAAGUUGCGUUGAUCUUGGAAACUGCGGAGGCCAGAGAAAUUCAUCAUUUCUGUGUUUUACUAGGUUAUGGUUGUGAUGCCAUUUUCCCAUAUUUGGCAAUGGAAACAUUGGUUAGAAUGAACGAUGAAGGCUUGGUUCGUAAUGCCAAUAAUGAUGACAUUACCAUUUCCGAUGAAAAAUUACUAGAAAAUUACAAGCAUGCAAUUGAUACUGGUGUUUUAAAGGUCAUGUCCAAAAUGGGUAUUUCCACCUUGGCUUCCUAUAAAGGUGCUCAAAUUUUUGAAGCUUUGGGGAUUGAUAACUCUGUUGUUGAUAUUUGUUUUGCAGGCACUGCUUCCAGAAUUAAGGGUGUCACUUUUGAAUAUAUUGCCCAAGACGCUUUUUCUCUACACGAGCGUGGGUUCCCAUCAAGAUCUAUUAUCCAAAAGUCCGUCAAUUUACCUGAAAGUGGUGAAUAUCACUGGAGAGACGGUGGUGCUAGACAUAUUAACGACCCAACUGCUAUUGCAGCAUUGCAAGAUUCCGUUAGAAAUAAAAAUGAAAAAGCUUGGGAAAUGUAUGUGAGAAAGGAGAUGGAAUCAAUCAGAGACUGUACUCUAAGAGGCUUAUUAGAAUUUGAUUUUGAAAACUCUACUCCUAUUCCAUUGGAGCAAGUUGAACCAUGGACUGAAAUUGUUCGGAGAUUCUGCACAGGGGCUAUGUCUUAUGGUUCCAUUUCUAAGGAGGCACACACAACCUUGGCUAUAGCCAUGAACAGAUUGGGUGCCAGAUCCAAUUGUGGUGAAGGUGGUGAAGAUCCUGAACGUUCUAUUGUUCAUCCAAAUGGUGAUACUAUGAGAUCUGCUAUUAAACAGGUUGCUUCUGCCAGAUUUGGUGUUACCUCUUAUUAUUUGUCCGAUGCUGAUGAAAUUCAAAUUAAAAUUGCCCAAGGUGCAAAGCCAGCUGUUGGUGGUCAUUUGCCAGGUCACAAAGUCACCGAAGCCAUUGCCAAGACUAGGCACUCUACUCCUUACGUUGGAUUAAUAUCCCCACCACCACAUCAUGAUAUUUAUUCGAUUGAGGAUUUGAAACAAUUAAUUUAUGACUUGAAAUGUGCUAAUCCAAGAGCCAGGAUUUCCAUCAAGUUGGUUUCCGAAGUUGGUGUUGGUAUUGUUGCUGCUGGUGUUGCUAAGGCUGCAGCUGGUGAUUGCAGCAUUUUGAUAUCUGGACAUGAUGGUGGUACCGGUGCUGCCAAUUGGAGUGACAUUAAAUUUUCUGGUUUACCAUGGGAAUUAGGAUUAGCUGAAACACAUCAAACUUUAGUUUUAAAUGAUUUAAGAGGACAUUCGGUUGUCCAGACAGAUGGUCAAUUAAGAACUGCUUUUGAUAUUGCAGUUGCCAUUUUAUUAGGUGCCGAAUCUUUUACUAUGGCCACUGUUCCAUUAAUUUCUAUGGGUUGUAUUAUGUUGAGAAAAUGUCACUUGAACACUUGUGCUGUUGGUGUUGCCACUCAAGAUCCAGAGCUAAGAGCCAAGUUUAAGGGGCAACCGGAGCAUGUUAUUAACUUUUUCUACUACUUGAUUAACGAUUUGAGAAAGUUGAUGGCCAGGUUGGGUUACCGUACUGUUGAUGAAAUGAUUGGCCACUCUGAAAAAUUGCGCAAGAGAAAACAGGUUACCACCAAAAACAUUAAUAUUGAUUUGUCACCUAUUUUAACACCAGCUCACAUGAUUAGACCAGGCGUUGCUACUAAAUACACAAAAAAAUUGGAAGAUAAGUUAUAUGCUCGUUUGGACAAUAAAUUAAUCGAUGAGGCUGAGAUUACUUUGGAUCGCGGUCUGCCUGUUUCAAUAGAUGCCUCUAUUAUUAAUACAGAUCGUGCUUUGGGAUCUACUUUAUCGUAUAGAGUUUCCAAGAGGUUUGGGCCCGAUGGGUUGCCUCAAGAUACAAUUGUUGUUAAUAUUAAGGGUUCUGCUGGCCAAUCUUUUGGUGCAUUUUUAACCUCUGGUAUUACCUUUAUCCUGGACGGUGAUGCUAAUGAUUAUGUUGGUAAAGGGCUAUCUGGUGGUCGUAUUGUAAUUAGGCCACCAAAGGACUCUAAAUUUAAGAGCGAUGAAAAUGUCAUUGUUGGAAACACUUGUUUUUAUGGUGCUAUAUCGGGCUCUGCGUUUUUGUCGGGUUGUGCUGGUGAGCGUUUUGCUGUUCGUAACUCUGGUGCCAUCAUUGUUGUGGAAAAAGUUACUGGUAAUAAUGCCUUUGAGUACAUGACUGGUGGUAGAGCUGUUGUUUUGUCACAGUUAGACUCAUUGAAUGCUUUUUCUGGUGCUACUGGUGGGAUCAUCUAUUGUUUAACUUCUGAUUUUGACAAAUUCAAUCAUACCAUUAAUCAUUCUACCGUGGGGCUAUUUUCAUUGAGUGAUCCGGUAGAAAUUGCCUUUGUUAAGAAUUUGAUUCAAGAACACUACAAUUAUACCCAAUCUGAAUUGGCCAAACGUAUUUUGGACAAUUUUAACUAUCAUUUGAAGAAAUUUGUUAAGGUUUUGCCAAACGAUUACAGAAAGGUAUUAGAAAAAGAAGCUAAGGUGAAAGAAGCUGAAAAAUUAAAGUCUGCUUCUGAAUAUUUGAAACAGUUGGAUAGAGGUUCUAAUUCUGAAAUUGAUGUUACCAAUGGUGAAGUGGAGGCUAUUUCUGUCGCCGCUGCAAACAAAAGACUGGAAUUGCCUGUCAGUAGUAUACCUAAUAAGGUUACUUUGAGCGAGCCUAAAGUGUUAGACUUGGAAGAUACUGUUGAAAAUUCUAAGGAAGUUGAGGAGAAGGUAGACAAGCUUAGAGGUUUUAUGAAAUACAAAUUGCGUCAUGAGGUUUACAGGAACCCAUCUACCAGAACUAAUGACUGGAAAGAAUUGUCAUCAGCCAUCACCAAGAGGGAAGCCAAAUACCAAACUGCUAGAUGUAUGGACUGUGGUGUUCCAUUUUGUACUGCUGAUACUGGAUGCCCAAUUUCAAAUGUUAUUCCAAAGUUUAAUGAGUUAGUUUUCAAGAAUCAAUGGAAGCUAGCCUUGGAUAAAUUAAUGGAAACGAACAAUUUCCCUGAAUUUACUGGUAGGGUUUGUCCUGCCCCAUGUCAAGGUUCAUGUACCUUGGGUAUCAAUAACGAUGCUGUUGGUAUUAAAAGUAUUGAAAGAUUGAUUAUUGACAAUGCCUUUAAAGAAGGUUGGAUUAAACCAAAUCCACCUGCUUUUAGAACGGGUAAAUUGGUUGCUAUUAUUGGUUCUGGGCCCGCCGGGUUAUCUUGUGCUGACCAGUUGAAUAAAGCAGGACAUUCAGUUGCUGUUUAUGAAAGAAGUGAUCGUUGUGGUGGGUUAUUAAUGUAUGGUAUUCCUAACAUGAAAUUGGACAAAUCUAUUGUCCAGCGUCGGAUAGACUUAUUAGGGGCUGAGGGUAUUCAGUUUGUUACGGGCUGUUCUGUUGGCACCGAUAUUAGUAUGGACGAAUUAAAGACUCGAUUUGACGCUGUUGUUUAUUGUAUUGGUUCUACCAUUCCAAGGGAUUUGAAGAUUCCGGGUAGAGAAUUGAAAAACAUUGAUUUUGCCAUGAAUUUGUUGGAAAUGAAUACCAAGGCUUUGUUGAACAAGGAUUUGGAGAUGGUUAGAGAAAAGAUAAAGGGCAAGAAAGUUAUUGUUAUUGGUGGGGGUGAUACUGGUAAUGACUGUUUGGGUACUUCUGUUAGGCAUGAGGCUGCUUCUGUUUUGAAUUUUGAAUUAUUGCCACAACCGCCAAAGGAAAGAGCCAAGGACAACCCAUGGCCACAAUGGCCACGUAUUAUGAGGGUGGAUUAUGGUCAUGCGGAAGUUAAAGAACAUUAUGGGAGAGAUCCGCGUGAGUAUUGUAUUUUAUCUAAGGAAUUUGUCGGUAAUGAGGAUGGAGAAGUUUGUGGUAUUAAUACUGUUCGCGUUGAAUGGAAAAAGUCACAAUCAGGAGUUUGGCAAAUGAUAGAGAUUCCAGGUAGCGAGGAGAUGUAUGAGGCAGAUAUUGUUUUAUUGUCUAUGGGGUUUAUUGGACCUGAGUUGAUUGAUGAUCCAAGUGUUAAAAAAACUAAGAGAGGGACCAUUGACUCUUUGAGUGAUUCUUCUUAUAGCGUUGAUGGUGACAAGGUUUUUGUUUGUGGUGAUGCCCGUAUGGGACAAAGUCUUGUAGUUAGAGCUAUUCAAGAGGGUAGAAAGUGUGCCACCUCUAUUGAUUCUCAUUUGAUGGGUGAUACUUAUUUGCCAGGUAAUGGUGGUAUUGUUAAGCGUGGUUACAAAUUGUUGGAGGAGUUGGCGGCUGCUAUGUAG